UCGUCGAUUUUUUGCUUGUCUGAUUAAUCGAAGACUAGCAAAGUUUGCAAAAGUUGAAGCAAGAUCCCUGACUUACAAAAGUAACUAUGGACGACUUCAACUCGCAAUUCGGGAAGCUCUCCACUACGGCGGCAGAAUGGAAGCCAAGCGGAAAUGCAGACAACGAUUCUGAUGUACAGUUAAACGCCAAGGUUGUCAAGGAAUUUGUACCAGGCCAAGGAUGGAUCGCCUCGUCGACCAAGCCUGCUGCGCGUGAAGCGAAUAUCCCUUCGUCGGUGAGGGAAUAUACAUUGGAUGCGGCAAAUUCCUCCGCGAGGUUUGAAACGACAGUUCCAACAGGGCCUUUCCCUUCUCCGAUGCCAAGCUUCCGGGCCUUGCAAACUCUGGGAUUAGGAGACGAUUUGUGGCGACAUUACAGAGAUAUUUCUUUAGAGAGCUGUAGGCAAAUGGACCCCGAUGACCAGCGGCAGAAGGCAGUCCCUUUACCUUAUUGUAACGCCUACUGUCUAGACGAUAUCUCCCAACGGGGACGCUCCUCGUUCGGUUAUCCAUCGGCAACUUUCCAUGUCACUUCCAGAGAAGACGGCAAUGCUUACUGUCUGCGCCGUUUCGACAAUGUGAGGUGUGUGUCACCCAAAAUAGCCUCCACCGUAUCAGACCGAUGGACCAGUGUCGCAGUUGUACAAGAACAUCCCGGCAUUGCACCCUUUUACCAAUGCUUUAUGGCCCAACGUGCUGUGUUCUUUGUGCACCAGUACAUACCUGGAGCGCGUAGUCUCAAGGAACGCCUCGGGGGUCCGUUGUCGGAGUGCGUCCUGUGGAGUUGUAUCUCCCAACUUGUGUCGGCUUUACGAACAAUUCACGGAAGAAAUUUGGCCGCUCGUACUUUGCAACUUCAUCACAUCUUAUCGAAUACGGAUUCGGCUGCAAGUCGGCUGCGUGUGCGUUUGAACUGUUUGGGCAUUGCAGACGUUCUGGAGUUUGAAGCGCGCAAAAAGGUGGCCGACCUGCAGCGACAUGAUGUUCGGGAUCUUGGAAGGUUGAUUCUCUCACUAGCGUCAGGUACCGAAAUCACCCAUUCCACCGACAUGGAAACGGUAGGAUCAUGUGAACAAUUCUUGGCACAGAACUACUCGCCAGACUUACACAAUUUAGCCAUGACAUUGAUCAGGAGUACACCUCAGCCGCCGUCGAUUCUUGACGUAAGUAGAGUUGUCGCUCAACGGGCUUUCGAUGAGCAAGAUGCAGCUUAUCAGUCCUUUGAUCGCAUGGAACGAGCGCUAUCCGCAGAGUACGAUUCAAGCCGGAUGUUACGAAUCUUGCUGAAACUAAGUUACGUGAAUGAACGACCCGAAUUUGGCCCAAAUCGAAGAUGGGCGCAGUCGGGAGAUUGCUAUGCUCUGACGCUAUUUCGUGAUUACGUCUUUCACCAAGCUGAUGGUGGUGGCUAUCCAGUUAUGGAUUUAGGGCACGUCAUAUCAGCGUUGAACAAGCUUGAUGGCGCAGAUGAAGAAAAGAUUGUUUUGUCGUCUCGGGAUGGGAAGAGCCUAAUGGUAGCAAGCUACGCAGAGAUAGCUCGAUGCCUGGAAAAUGCGUUCCAGGAACUAUGCGUGGGCGCAGUAUCGCAUGAUGCGUUGCAUUACUGUUGACUGAGAGCGAAUCAGAUACAUCACUUAUUGUCACAAAUUAAAUUGAUACUGUAAAUGGGAUGCUCAAGACGUG